AUGAAUGCAAGAAGGCCUUUCUUGCUAAGUUUUUCUCCACCGGUCGCACGCACGAGCUUCAUACAGAGAAACAAUGAGACUUUUGCUGAGGCUUGGGAGAUUCAAGGGCUACACAAGUCAGUGCCCCCAUCAUGGCUUUGCUCUCUACUCUCUAUAGAGGUUAUUUGGCAAGGUAUAGAGAGAUGUUGGACACAGCCAGCAAUGGAAACUUCCUUAAUCAGGAUGUGGAUGAUGGUUGGCAGCUUGUGGAAAUCAUUGCAAACUCCAAUGGAAGUUAUGGAGAAGAGUAUGAUCGCACAAACCGGAGCUCGACCCACAACUCGAUCGAGUCCGAUGAAAAUUGAGAAAAGAUGUAAAUCGUUGAAUGAGAAGUUGGACAAGCUUAUCUUAGCUCAGUCCACAAUGAAGAAGGUCAAUUUUGUGUCUGCUGAAGAGAUGGAACCUGUUCAAGAAGGGGAGGAUACACAAUUUGCUGAAGUAUGUUACAUGAGCAAUGGGCAAGGAGGCUACAACAAAGGAUAUUACAAUUACAAAGCCAACCCAGCCAUGUCAUUACAGAAACACUGA